AUGGGCGAACAAAUUGGAAAUCCAGAAGAUGGUGAAGAAGAAGAGGAGAGGGGAGUCUUUUCUCUGCCGUCUCCGCAUGCAUCGCGCUCUCUCCAACUCUCCAUCAACGCCUCAAGUUCCCUCCAUGGAUUUGCACGGUGCGGUCGGAGAGUAAGUGCGGAGAGGCGGCGACAAAAGCCAAACGAAGAGCGACGAUUGGCUCGGACUGCACUGUGCACUGGAUGA